AUGUACUCAGUUUUAGGCUGCGCGCUGAUCCUUGCGGCACUUGCCAUUAUACUUUUUGCUCGGGGUCAAUUCCCAGGCCAGAGGGCUCCUGGCCUACCUCCAGGCCCUCCGUGCCUCCCCAUCAUUGGAAACAUCCACCAGAUUCCUAAGACUGGGGCUCAUCUCAAAUUUACUGAUUGGGCGUCGACUUAUGGUCCUAUAUUCUCACUCAAAUUGGGAACACAGACUGUGGUUGUUCUGAGCUCUCCUUACAUGAUCAAGCAGCUUGUCGACAAACAAUCAGCUGUCUAUAGUAAUCGACCCAAAUCAUACAUUGCUGACAAUCUCGUUUUCCACAAUGAUCAUCUAAUGUUCCUCAAUCCUGAUGCCAGAUGGCGACGCGGCAGGCGACUGUAUCAUCAAUUUUUCAAUGAAACUGUCUGUGACAAGAGUCACCAUCAUCUGCAAAAUGCCGAAGCUACUCAGCUCGUCCGAGAUCUCUGUAAUAGCCCGGAUGAUUUCAUAAGUCACUGCAAGAGAUUCCCAAACAGUGUCAUUAUGAGUCUGGUCACGGGUAUUCGGACACCAGAUGCAUCAGCGUCUCACAUGAACAGUCUCUAUACUGUUCUGGCUGGUAUUUCUGGGAUUUUUGAAAUGGGCGCCACUCCACCAGUGGACAUAUUCCCAUUCCUAACUUGGAUCCCAGAAUCAUUUUUCAAUUAUUGGAAAUCUCGGUCAGCCAAUCUUGCUCAAACAAUGGACUCUGUCUAUGGUCCGCUUGUUGACCGGGUUUUAUCUCGUCGAGCAAAGGCCGAGUGUACGAAAGGCGAGAGUUACUUGGACAUGAUAUUUGAUCAGCAAGAAAAGUUGCAAUUGACUCGGCAUGAAAUUGACCUCAUGCUUGGAAAUCUUCUGGAGGGUGGGUCUGAAACAACAUCUAUCACCACCAUUACUUUUAUUCAAGCUAUGGCCUUGUAUCCCGAGGCGCAAAAGGAAGCGCAAAAAGCAAUUGACGACGUGAUUGGCUCGGAGCGAACUCCUACAUGGGAAGACUUUUCGAGUCUACCAUAUGUAGUAAUGGUGGUCAAAGAGACCAUGCGUUGGCGGCCUGUGAUGCCAACUGCAUUUCCACACGCCACAAGUAAAGAGAGUACGAUUGACGGCAUGAAAAUUCCUGCAGGGUCCACAGUCAUGAUGAACGUAUGGAGUUUGCAUCACGAAAGCUGCCUUCAUGGUGAGCCAAACCAGUUCAACCCCUCAAGAUACAAAGGGCGUACUAGCCUGGCGCCAGUGUAUGCAUCUUCGCCUGAUUACGAAAACCGUGAUCACUACGGUUACGGCUCUGGGCGUCGCAUCUGCCCUGGAAUUCAUCUAGCAGAACGUGGACUCUUCUUGGCCUUUGCUAAGAUUCUGUGGGCGUUUGACAUCACCCCAAAACUGGACUCCAGUGGGCUUCCAAUUCCCAUUAACUGCGAUCCUGUCACCGGGUAUACCGAUGGGUUCUUACGGUGUGCUAAGCCCUACGCGGUUGAUAUCAAGCCACGGUCAGAGGAAAGACAAAAGACCAUUAUGACUGAGUUUGAACGAGCCGAGGCCGAGGUUUUUAGCAGAUACGAUACAUGA